ACGAGCGCUCUCGAGCAUGUGAAAUCUGCGAUGAUUUUCUUGUGGGUACGGUAGCUGUUUAUAGUAUAGUACAUGUAUGCUGCAAUCAGGGUUCUGGCUCUCCUGUUCUACUCUCUGAUCUGACACCCUAAAUGCCAGGCAUAAGACUCUUCAGUAUAGAUCUACACAGUAAAGUUACUGAAUCAGGGUUCUCCUGUUCUACUCUCUGACACCCCUUCAACCCCUAAAUGCCAGACGUAAGACUCUGCAGUAUACACAGUAAAGUUUCAAAGUUUUUAAAUGGCCACAAAUCAAGAAUUCGUUUCAAGUGAUCAUGAGCCAGAGCCAGGAGAAGUAUCGAUACACUCAAGUGAAGGAUUCGAUGUUUCAAAUACUACUGUUUACCAUCCGUCCGGAGGCGAGAUGAGGAGAUCAGACAUUGCUACCCUCGAGUGCCCCAAGUGCAUGAAGAUUCUUCGCGAGCCAGUGCAGCUCAUCACUUGUGGCUGUAGAUUCUGUGCUGUGUGCAUUGACUCAAUGCUAGCUAAUGACAGUGCACUGCAGUGUCCAGUGGAUUCAACAGCUUUUGCCAAGAAGCAUGUUCGAAAAGACAAAGGGUGUAUAAAAGAAAUCAAUCGUCUGCAAGUUGACUGCCCUCUGAUGUGUGGCUGGAAGGGUCUGUUAGUGGAAGCAGAGGAUCACAUGAGGCUUCAAUGUCGGAAUGCAACAACACCGUGUGAACUAGGCUGUGGUAAAGCAUUUCCAAGGUCCCUAAAGGAUCAGCAUUCUGGAGAGUGCCAGAAGAAAACUAUUGCUUGCUCGUAUUGUACUUCAAUGGUUACAAAAGAUGAAGUAGAAGAACAUCAGAAGAGUGUUUGUCAAGAGUAUCCUGUUGUGUGUGACUAUUGUUAUACAAACCUACCAAGACGGGGUGAUUUUCAACAGCAUGUUGAAGAUGAUUGUACUGAGUAUGAAAUGGACUGUCCAGUUCAACAGAUAACUGGCUGUAGAUUCAAGGGAAAGAAAGUUUCCAUGGGUCAGCAUGUACAACAGCACACACUGAUGAUGUUCGAGAAAAUGGCUGUCCUUUGGGAGAAAGUGGAUACUCUGGGUGCCGAUAGAAGUGAGUUGUUGGAGGUCAUAAAGAAAAAGGACGAGGAGAUGAAAGCUAAAGAUAAGCUUAUUGCAGAGAAAGACGAUAUGAUCACGAAACUAGAUGACAGGCUCAGAAACUUGGAAAUGACUGUUCGCCAUGGCCAUGAGCUCCUAGAUAGCGUAGAGACCGACGGUAGAGUUGACUCCAAGAAGAUCAAGUCCAAGGGAUCUCCCAGUGUAAGGUCAUUUGGUCAGCGUGUAAUGGUUGAUGGUGGAUCUAGUGUCUCAUCCAGGCAACUAGCCAAUGUUGUAGAAAGCAGUGAGACCAACACAAUCCAGAUUAGGCAACUUAGCCAGAAUGUGCAGAUUCUUCAAGAGAGUGUGACCCAGCAGACUAUUGUUGUUGAUGAACUAAGGCUAAGGCAGGACAUCCUUGAUGUACGUACUACGAAUGGCAGCUUUGUUUGGAAGAUUCCAGACAUCAGGAGGAGGUACCGAGAGGCAAUUGAUCGUCGUACAGUGAGCAUUUACAGCCCGCCUUACUUCACGAGUCCACAGGGGUAUCGUAUUUGCACUCGAGUGUACUUGAAUGGAGAUGGCAUUGGAAAAGGUACUCACAUCUCAGUGUUCUUUGUUCUCAUGAAGUCUGAGCAUGACAACCUUCUACAGUGGCCCUUCAAGCAAUCUGUGAGGUUCACACUCAUCAACCAAAACAACCCGAGUGCUAGCAUCACUGAAGCAUUUGCACCUGACCUCAAUUCACCUUCGUUUCAACAGCCGGAGAACGAAAUGAACAUCGCUAGUGGAUUUCCCAAAUUUGCAAAGCAAUCAGUUCUUCAAGAUGAGAACUUUACGAAAGGAAACACUAUCUACAUAAAAGCUCAGGUGGACCUGAGUGGUUUAGCUAUUUACUAAAAAAGGCCUCGCCCCUAGGACCUGUUUUACUGUUACGUUCAUCCACAAGCAAAACUGAGCAUUAUAGUGGGCUCAAUGCAUUUACAAUGUAUAGGUGACAAGUAUUAUGUCAUUAUGACAACUAAAAAUUUGUUUCUCCAAAAGAUUGCAUAUUCAUUGGCACUCUCUAAUAUUCAUUUCUGCUUCUGUGGAUAAAUGUAAUAAAAUUAUAACCUAUCUAGGGGCAAACUUUUUUUACAUUUUUUAUUGUGAGUAUAUAAGUGGUUCAAUAGUGUAUAUAGUAAGUUUAUAUAGAUGCACGUUAGUAGCUAAUCUUUUCAUGCAGUUUUGUUGUUUAUGUGCUUAUACAUGAUUUGUGUAAAACAAUGAUAUUUUGUCAGCAAAAA